GAGUCGGUCUACUGCUUUGCAGUCUCGAACUGGAACCGCAAUAACAAGAAGAAGCAUUAGCCUAAACAUCAGUGCCUUAAGGCAAAAGUAGGAAAAUCAGCGACGCUGACGAAUCCAAAAGGAAACGGCUGUUCUCUGAAUAGAUUUCAUCUUAAUGGUAAUGGAAACGUUGCUGUCAGAUAGAGAUAACGAACAAAACAUUACUUCUUUGCCUUUAGAAGACUGGACAAACGUCUACGAGGCGGUUCGAUGGAUCCAGCAAAUUGUGGCCAUUCUGAGCAUCUUGGGCUCGGGCUCCAUCAUCUUUUACGCCGCUUUUCAGAAUCUCAUAAGAACCUCCGAGGUUCGGCCGCUGUUUUUCCUCAGUGUGACAGAUAUGCUAUUGAGUUUGAGCUGGCUAGUAGGAGCAGUGCUUUUCACGCAGUCCUGCAGCAGUCCUGGGGCAUGCUACAACCUGCACAUCAUCGAGCAGAUAUUCUACAUGUCCUCCUUUUUCUAUACACUGAACUAUGUGUGGGUACUCCAUAGAAGCCUGAAGAGGACUUACUACAGGAGGCUCAAUAGCUACCCUAGCCAGUUCCCUGAGAUGACAAGUCUGUUUGGUUGCAUUGCCAUUGUCUUAUCAUGUGUGUUCCCCUUGCUGUUGAUGGUACCAGUGUUGGCUGUUGGAAACUCUGAUCAAUGCUACACCAACUUCAGCCAGCCCUACAAGUGUCUUCUGAUGCACAGAGGGGCUCUGUACCCAACAUCCAGGUACAGAAAUGAGCUCACCUCCUGCCACAUGGUCCAUGUGUAUGGCAUUGCCGUCUUUUUGGCCACAUUCCUUUUCACGUUUAUGGGUAUAGUGGUGCUCAUGGGAAAGGCACAUUCCCUGUACAAGCGCUGCGUUGACUCCAGUGGUUACUUUGGUGACCGACAGUGGGCAGCCCUAAGUGUGCUAGAGCGUCGCAUGGUCCUCUAUCCCUCUGCCUUUUUCUUCUGCUGGAGCCCAGCUGUUUUCCUUGCUGCCAUGAUCUUGUUCAGUCCAAAGACUGUUCAGGGAAAAGUAGGAGUUUUCUUAUAUAUUUUACAGGCAUUCACUUCAGCCUCCCAGGGACUGCUCAACUGCUUGGUUUAUAGCUGGACCCAGCAGCAGUUUCGUUCACUCAGCAGAGGUGCCAUGCGUGAUGUGGACACACAGACGCCUCUUCUGCGCUCGCAGAAGAGCUAUGCAGCUCUACACAUGGCAGGAACCAAAACCUAGAGGCCAGACUGACACAUGGAACUUGUCAGUCUAAAAGAGCAUGAAUUCUUGAAAAAGAAAACAGUACCUCUGUGUUGUGACUCUGUAUCCCAUAUAGUGAGGAGUAGGGGCUUUCCAGCUUCAGUUCUCACACAAUAGCUAGGCAGUGUGACUGACUGUGACAGCUUUGUAAUAUAUCCUAACAAAGGAGAAACAGCAAGGGCAAAAGAACUCGCAUACAGUUCAAAAUAAGGACCCAAGACUAACAGUAGUUUUGGCCUCAACCAAACCCUAAUAGCAUUUCCUCCUGUAAAGUGUAUGUAUCCUUUUUUCUUUACUUGUGGAAAAAAAAAAUGUGUACAGCAACAGUGCAACAUGUUAUGUACUUACUUUUAGCAUGUGGUAUGCAAACACGUGAACUUGGAUGGUUUAGAGCAAACGAACCAACGUCAAACUUAAGAAGAUCUUGUUGCAUUAUUCACAUCACAUAAUUUUGUGGCUCUGCUACUAAAGGGAAUAGAAAGGACAAUGCCUACACAAGUAUCUGCACAUAGGGGUCACAAGGGAUACAUCCACAAGUUGUAGGAAUAAUGACUGAGCCUGUAGGAUGACUUACUGCAGACCAGUAGAGGAUCUUAAUAAGAAAACUUGAAACCAGUGCAUGGAAGGCAAUCAGGUUGCUAGACAUCCCAGUACAAGUGUGCUUCUCUAAGAUUUGUGCUAUGUAGUUUCUUCAAAGACAAGUGGGUCAGCUCUUUCCUGACCACAUGAUGAAAGAGGGCACCAGUGUUUUUUUUUUUUUUUUUGCUCAGGGCCUGUUUUCCCUGUAGACUUUGUUUCUGCCUGCCAUAUUUCAGCAGCAGCCCUCAGGUUUUCUAAGAAAUCUGCUGAAGUGUUACAUCCUUGUGCCAUUUUGUAUUAUUGUAAAUUAAUAUUGUUCACUCAGACUUCACAAAUUAUUAAUAAAGAUGUAAUUUAUA